CGGCCCGAGGCGCCAACCAAUGCGAAGCAAUGAUGUCGUCUCGUGUCACUCGACGGCCCUGCCAUCUGAGCAGCAGCUGACCAGAUCCCACGCUGGCUCGGUGAAGGUAACUCACUCGCCCAGCAGGCGUAAGUACCGGUGCAGCGGCCAACCACAGCGAACGCGACCUCAUGCGGCCUCGGACGACGGCGCUUGCCGUCCUGCUACUCGUCGCGGCCAUCGCAGCCUACGAUCUCGGCUCGGACCCGCGCCUCGCGUCCGGCCCCGGCCGCCGCGUCGCCGCCUCGACGUUCACGACCGACUGUGCCGGCGUGAGCUUCCGCACCGACGACGACUUUGUGCUGCCCGACCAGCCGUCCUGCGUCUACUACCCGAACGGCACUGUGUGGCGCGGCGCCAACAAGACCGACCUCUUCUACUUUGAGAAGGAAAAGGUCAACCGCACGGGCAACAUCAAGAACGCCAUCUACGGCGGCAUGCAGAUCGACGUGCUUGGGAUGCUGCCCACCAAAACGCCCAUCGUCGUCCUCGACGGUGUCGGUCUUCGGUCGCUCAACACGUCGCUGGACGGGAGCCUCACCGCCCGCAUCGCGAACGGCGUCCUGGCCUUGUAUCUCUGGAACAACCAGUUGACCGAGAUCAAUACGACAUUCAACGAAAACCUCCAGGAGCUCUACCUCGCCAACAACUCGAUUUCAUCGCUUUCGAUUCGAUCCCCCAGCCUCAUCUCUCUCGACAUGCGCAACAAUGUGUUGACGGAUGCAGCCUUUGCCCUUGGCCGCGUCAACCUGCCACCGAGUCUGAGCUUGCUGGCGCUCGAUAACAACAGUCUCUCGGCUGUGCCGCCGCUGCCACCGCUCGUUUCGGCCGUUGCACUGGGCUACAACAACAUUUCGUCAAUUGCCAGCGUUGCGUGGCCCUCGACCCUUCGCAGCCUGGUGCUCAACGACAACAAGCUCACCGAGGUCGUCUCAAACUUCCCACCCAUGCUUCGCAUCCUGUCGUUUGCCGGCAACCGCCUCACGGCAUUCUACGCCAACGAGUCGCAGUACGAGCUCCUCUCGCAAGUCAACGAGUCGGCGACGAUACCCGGCUACGAUAUUCCCAAGCUCUUCACGACCCUCACCAACGCCUCGUGUGUCGGGCACAAGGAGACCCGGUUGCUCUUUGGUGUCUACCCGAUCUGCAUUUUACCCGAUACGCCCAGUGUCUUGGCGGCCACCGCUGCCGAACGCGUGAGCUGGGGCUUGCUCACCGCCUUGCUACUGCUGGUGAUUGCACUCACGGCCGCGGUCGCGUACACGGUCUUGCGACGGUGCCACCCGCCGGCGCGCAAGUGGUACGACGAUGACGCGCACUUUUUCGCGAUCGCCGACUCGACGCGCCUCGGCUACGACGUGCGGUUUGACCACGCGCUCCAAGAGUUUCGCAUCCCGGUCGACGACCUCGAGCGCGAUAUCGUCUUGGCCAAAGGCGGCUUUGGCGUCGUCUACAAGGCUACGCUCCGACGGACUACGCCGGUCGCGAUGAAGCGCAUGCUGCCGGCCGUGCUCGACAGUCCGCAAGCGAUCGAUGAGUUCAUGCACGAGAUUCGGCUCUACGCGCAGCUGCAGCACCCCAAAGUCGUCCAGUUCAUCGGGAUGGCGUGGUCGACGCUCGCCAACAUCUCGAUGGUCACCGAGUUUAUGCCGCACGGUGAUGCGUGGGCGCUGGUCGAGGCCAACAAGGACGUGGUCACGUCGUGGUUUGAAGCUAUGGUCGCUGGAGGUCAGGCGACGACCGCGAUCAAUUCUGUCUCAAGACGGCACACAGCGUCGUCGUCGACGGCCGACGCGUCGUAUGUGGUCACGAUGCCAAGCUCCAACGACUCGAGCGUGCACGCGCUCCCGGGCGCGUCCCGCUUUGCCAUCAUCAGUGACGUCGUCGAUGCGAUGGUGUAUCUGCACAGCUUUCCGACGCCCGUGAUCCACCGCGACAUCAAAGCCCGCAACGUGCUCCUAGGACCGCACUACGAAGCCAAGUUGACCGACUUUGGCACGAGCCGCCUCCGCGUCGACGACCUCACGAUGACGGCUGAGAUUGGCACGUCGGCGUGGAUCGCCCCCGAGGUUCUCAAGGGUGUCCGGUACACGGAGAAGGCCGACAUUUACUCAUUUGGGGUGCUCAUGGCCGAGCUCGACACCGCUGAAGUCCCGUACUCGAACGUCUACUUGGAGCCUGGCUGUACGCUGGCACUCGCCCGCGCGCGGAUCGCGAUGCUGGUCGCGACCGGCGACUUGGUGCCAACGUUUACGGACGCGUGCCCGUCCGGUAUCGUAGCGAUCGCCCAGCGGUGCCUCGCCCACGACCCGGCGCUCCGGCCGACAGCAGCCGAGCUGGCGCUCUUACUGCGGCAGUACCACCCCGAGAAGCACGGUAGUUUUGAUGCGGUGUUAGAGCCGUGCCACGAGUCGGUCGAGCCGAGGCUUGAUGGGGUCUAGGGUUGUCGUUUCGCGUCGAUGUCGUAAUGUAAUAGAAGUUGGUUUUCAUGGUAUA